AUGACUUGGACGCCCACAUGGACACCCGAAGAGAAGGAGUUGCUCAACGGUGUACAAGAGCGCAACGAAAAACGCGAAGCAGCCCUCGACGAGAUUUUCUCAACAGAAGACAAGUCUCGGAAGUGGAAAUGGCCUUCAGGGGCCUUGGAAAUCGUGAAUGAAGCACAAGAAGAAAAGACCCGUGUUAACGAGCUGGUUACGCGAGACCUAGAGAAGUUAUACACAUGGCCGAGCAAAGAAAUGACACGGGAUGACAUCUUUGUCGAAGGCAAAAAAGAAUUUGCCAUGUUCGACCGCCCGCUCACAUGGUUUGGAGAUCAGGGCUUUCACCAGUUCCGGACUGACUAUACAUUCUCUGAACAUUGGGACAGGGAGCCGAUGGCGGUCAAUAUCCUCGUUCCAAAAGAGAUGAAGGAGAAACACCAAGCUCCCGUGAUGUGGUUGUUUCAUGGCGGCGGUUAUUGCACAGGAGCUGGCGACUAUCACCCAUGGUAUUCAGAAACUGCCGUUAAGAAAGCUAAAAAACGAGGUGCCAUCAUAAUGGCGCCAGAAUACCCACUCGCACCCGAAGCAAACUACAAGGACAUAGUAGAAAGUAUCCGUGACUUCCUCAACUGGUACAAAGAAGACGGCUGCUUCGAGUCUGAUUACACAAGCUGGACACGGUGGCUGCAUGAUCAAGACAAACUGAAAGGGAAACACUUUACCAUCGACAAGGAUCGCGUAUAUGUGGAGGGUGAGAGCGCUGGUGGACAAGCUGCUGUCACUGCGAUGUGGCUCAACGCGACAAAGGGUGGACCUAACUUGCCUAUCAGGGUAGCACUCCUUCGCUACCCAAUGAUUGCACACUACAGAAGAGAUUGGGAAAAGACUGCUCAAAACGGGAAAAAUGCCUACAUGGGGCAAUGGUUCGCUGAAGAGGAAGUCAAAGAACGCGCACAAGAUAUUGAUUCUGUUAUCAGAGAGCUCGAGAAGAGAGGCGUCGUGCCAAACACAACGUCUCGUUGGCCCUCAAAAGGCAUGGCCUUCGCAUUCAUACUCUCCAUAACCCAGACAUGGAAGGGACUUCUUCGACGCAAGCAUGGCGACUGUUCUUUGGCCGAUCCAACAGAUACCGAUUACAUGGAUGGUAUAGAGCGCGCAAAGUAUACCUACCAAGAUGUUGUGCCUGACCUACUUCCUCCAAUUCACAUUUUCCAUGGAUUGGACGAUCCGAAUUGCGACAUCAAGGACACUAUAAAAUUCUACGAUACACUGAGAGACUCAAAACUCUACGGCGAUCGUUUCAAGGGAAAUGACAUGCUCUAUAUGAGUAUCGUGAAGUCUUUGCAGACGAAGCCGACAUGGAACUCUGAGACGGAGAAGGUAGAUCGCGGUGUCAGUGAGAAAGUGGGUCAUGGAUUCGACUAUUGGCUUGAUGAAAAUGAAGAGCCGUUUUUGAAGCAUGCCUAUGAUUGGGUUUGCAAACGUUGGGAUGCUAAGCCGUGA